UUAUUUACGUACCUUCCCAUCCAGUCUUCAUAAAAUUGCGAAUAUUUUGGUGAGAGUCGCCAUCAGGGUCAGCCAAGACUUCUCUGUAAUAUUGACCCCAAAGCUUAAGGGUCGUGUCCUUGUCGAACUCAGAAAGUGCGGCAUAACUGAGCAGCUUAGCAGAACCCUCGUUUUCACCCGGCUUAUUGACGAUAUCUCCAUUCUUGAAUUCGAUCAAACCGACUUCGUAGUGAGUCUCAAUGAUGUCCAUGACUUCUUCGAAUUUGAGGCUGUCGGCAUCCAUUUCAACAUUGGCAUUGAAAACCUCGCAUUCACUGGGAAUUGUUUCCCCGGCGGCACGGAUUUCGUCCAACAUUCGGGAUGGCUUUGCAUCCUCGACGGCGCCACCCAGAGCGGUAGUUCCAUCCCAUCCGUUAGCCAAAACUUCAGCCUUUUCGGAUUUGUCGCGGAUGUUGGCGUUCAGAGACACAGAACGUCUCCCGGCAGUGGAAGCGGGGGAAAAGGCGCUGGUUCCAGCGAUGGCGGAAGCGCAGAUCAAAACUGUGGCGGCAAACUUCAUUUUCCUCGGUAUUCUUAAUAAAAUUAGAAGUAUUAGAUUAUGGGCGCUGAUGGGUUGAAGUACCAGUUCGUUCCUCUUUCCAGAAAAAAGUUGCGAUCUUACCAAUUGUUUGAAACUCUUCUCUCCUGAACGUCUGGAAGAAUCAAAAUCGAUCUACAACAGUCUGAGAACCGAAAUUAAUCAAGAUCCACGUGGAAAAAUCUAACCUUAAAAUUCCUCUUAGGAAUGAUGACGUCAUUCGUUCCAAGACUAGCUAGUAUUAUUUUGUACUUUAGGGAUCGAGUUCUUGAAGCAUGAAGAAAGUAAAGAAAACGAGUGUUCGGAAAAAUCGUGCUCUCCGAGACUUCAAAUACUGAGAUGAGAAUGCAUGAAGGCUGUGUUGGAUUGAACACACAACUACUAGCUCUCAAGAUACUAUAYUUAUUAUCUUGAUUGUUCCUGAAACCAUCAGAAGUUGUUCGCAAUGAAAGCAUACAACGCACUUUUCAUUUUAUUGCAAUGUCAGGCCGUAUGCGGUUUCGUUCAACACCAACCGAGCAGCACCGGCAGCUCGUCGGCGUCGACGUUGUCGAUGUCGUCGCCCCUGACGAUCUCUAGCAUGGACGAUCUAACAUUUACCAACCCCGAUACAUCCGCCGUAGAGGAGAAAGCGUGUAUUGACGCCGCUGAGAAAAUGCGCCGGAUUGCCGUCCCAUCRGAUAAUUCUCCUUCGGGGUCUGUUGGUAUCUCGUACAUUCACUGGCCCGCCGACAAGGCCAUGAAGAAAAAAGUUUCGGCUCCGCCACUAAUCUUGUUGCACGGUUUCGAUUCGUCAUGUCUCGAGUACAGACGUAUGGGUCCCAAGCUUGCUGCAUUGGGAAUUGACACGUAUGCUGUAGAUAUAUUGGGGUGGGGAUUCACGCAACUUGAUGACGUCAACAGUUUUUCCGCAGAUGCCAAGAUCGAAGCAUUGAAGGGUUUCGUCAAAUCGAUGUUCGGUGAUGAGAGUGCAUUUUGUGUAGCGGGUGCGAGUUUKGGUGGAGCAGCAUCGAUUGAACUUGCGGCAGCUCUAUCUAUAAGCGCAAAAGACGAGGGGGACGAUCUCGAGGAACCCGACAAUAGUGAUGGAAUGCCUUCUUGUUCCGGCCUGAUUUUGAUCGACGCCCAAGGUUUUGUGGAUGGAGUUGGUCCCAUGGCAAUGUUGCCGAAGCCAUUGGCCAAAAUUGGCGUGGGCGUGCUGAAGAGCGUCCCACUUCGAAACUCAGCAAAUCAGAUGUCCUAUUACGAUACGGACACAUUUGCGACAGAAGAUGCUCAAGUGAUUGGACGAUUACAUUGUUUACGUGAGGGUUGGGACGAUGCCAUGGUUAGGUGAGAAUUAAUACAGGGGACGUUCGGGAUACUUCUGGACUUGCUUCUUCUUUUCUGUUUCCUUUGCACUGUCCUUUGGUGGUGBUGUUCCGUUGCUUCGUUUCGCUCAAUAGCCUAUUUUCUUUUGAAUCGCUUUCGUCUUCAAGCUUCAUGCAAAGUGGCGGUUUUUCGCCUUCAUCGAAGGUAUCGAAAAUUGCUUCGCCUUCACUUGUUCUUUGGGGUCGGCAAGAUGGAAUUCUCGAUGGAACGGAAUUUGCGAACAAGGUGAGUCAGAUUGCAUUUAUGUCUUCCGCAGAAGUGUCGUUGUCAGGUUCAUUUUUCACUUAAACAUAAUAUCUCUAUCGUUGAAAUUGCAAUCGCAGUUCGUGGAAGAAUUGCAGGACGCUGAGUUGAAAUGGAUAGAGGAAUGCGGGCACGUUCCUCAUCUCGAACAACCGGAAGAAACAUCAAAGGUUAUUCUUUCUUUUAUGACCUCCGAUAAAGUAAGAGCCGCCACUGCCGCCGCAGCCAAAUCGUACCGAAGAAAAGGCAACUCAAGCAGCAGCGACAACAACAGUGACGCGGUCGCGCCUUCCUUUCUGAUCGGAGGGGGGGUUAUCGGUGUACUUUCUGGUGCCUUCCUCAUAGAAGAAGUGAUGAAGAACCUCAUUGGAUAGCAGGUUCGACCAAUAGGCAGACCUACAAAGAGCUUGUCAAGAACUUAAAAAAUAUUUAAGCAUUACUAGAAGUACAAUAACAACAAUUGAACUUCGUUAAAGGUGGGAUUUCGAAUGUUAGACAGUUCUGAAAUAUAAUAUUAAGGUUCCC